UGACAUCAGCCAGAACAACCUCACUGGCCAACUCCCACCAGCAAUAGGAAGUCUCACUAAUCUUACAUACCUGAACAUGUUUUCGACUGCAAUCACAUGCCCUCCUGACUACAGAAGCUGUGUGGUCCCACAGACCACUUCAAGUGCUUUCUGCAGCCAGUGCGGCUCCUUUUGCACCACAUGUGACAAGCCACCACCAG